GGCGGCGGAGGCAGCGGCGCCGGGCGCGGAUGCCACGGGGUAGGCCACGGCCUGCGCUCCCAGGCGGAUGGGACCCCGGUUCCCGUGGAUCCGCCGCUGCAAACGUGAAGUUCCUUGGCUCCCUGGGACGCGCAACAAAUAAAAGAUGACGGAGGGCCGUCGAUGUCAAGUACAUCUUCUUGAUGACAGGAAGCUGGAACUCCUAGUACAGCCCAAGCUUUUGGCCAAGGAGCUGCUUGACCUCGUGGCAUCUCACUUCAAUCUGAAGGAAAAGGAAUACUUUGGAAUAGCCUUCACAGAUGAGACGGGACACUUAAACUGGCUCCAGCUAGAUCGAAGAGUCUUAGAACACGACUUUCCCAAAAAGUCAGGACCAGUGGUUUUAUACUUCUGUGUCAGGUUCUACAUAGAAAGCAUUUCAUACCUAAAGGAUAAUGCCACCAUUGAGCUCUUCUUCCUGAAUGCUAAGUCCUGUAUCUACAAGGAGCUGAUUGAUGUGGACAGCGAGGUAGUGUUUGAAUUAGCCUCCUACAUUUUACAGGAGGCGAAGGGAGAUUUUUCUAGCAAUGAGGUGGUGAGGAGCGACUUGAAGAAGCUGCCAGCACUUCCCACCCAAGCCCUGAAGGAGCACCCUUCCCUGGCCUACUGUGAGGACCGAGUGAUUGAGCACUACAAGAAACUGAAUGGCCAGACCAGAGGUCAAGCUAUUGUGAACUACAUGAGCAUCGUGGAGUCUCUCCCAACCUACGGGGUUCACUAUUAUGCAGUGAAGGACAAGCAGGGGAUCCCGUGGUGGCUGGGACUGAGCUACAAAGGAAUCUUCCAGUAUGACUAUCACGACAAAGUGAAGCCACGGAAGAUUUUCCAGUGGAGGCAGUUGGAAAACCUGUAUUUCAGAGAAAAGAAGUUUUCCGUGGAAGUUCAUGACCCACGCAGAGCUUCUGUGACGAGGAGGACGUUUGGGCACAGUGGCAUUGCGGUGCACACGUGGUACGCGUGCCCAGCAUUAAUCAAGUCCAUUUGGGCUAUGGCUAUUAGCCAGCACCAGUUCUACCUGGACAGGAAGCAGAGUAAGUCUAAAAUCCAUGCCGCACGAAGUCUGAGUGAGAUCGCUAUCGACCUGACCGAGACAGGCACACUGAAGACCUCCAAGCUGGCCAACAUGGGGAGCAAAGGGAAGAUCAUCAGUGGCAGCAGCGGGAGCCUUCUGUCGUCAGGUUCUCAGGAAUCGGAUAGCUCUCAGUCCGCCAAGAAAGACAUGCUGGCUGCCUUGAAGUCCCGGCAGGAAGCGCUGGAGGAAACGCUGCGCCAGCGGCUGGAGGAGCUCAAGAAACUCUGCCUCCGAGAAGCCGAGCUGACGGGUAAACUGCCUGUUGAAUAUCCUCUGGACCCAGGGGAGGAACCACCCAUUGUUCGAAGAAGAAUCGGGACGGCCUUCAAGCUGGACGAACAGAAAAUUCUACCCAAGGGAGAGGAAGCCGAGCUGGAACGCCUGGAACGAGAGUUUGCCAUUCAAUCCCAGAUUACGGAGGCUGCCCGCCGCCUCGCCAGCGACCCCAACGUCAGCAAAAAACUGAAGAAACAAAGGAAAACCUCCUAUCUGAAUGCCCUGAAAAAGCUGCAGGAGAUUGAGAAUGCCAUCAACGAGAACCGCAUCAAGUCUGGGAAGAAACCCACCCAGAGGGCCUCGCUCAUCAUUGAUGAUGGAAAUAUUGGCAGUGAAGACAGUUCCCUCUCCGAUGCCCUUGUUCUGGAGGAUGAAGACUCUCAGGUCUCCAGCACACUGUCCCCCUUACAGUCUCCUCACAAGGGACUUCCUCCUCGGCCACCAUCAUCACAUAACAGGCCCCCUCCUCCCCAGUCCCUGGAGGGACUCAGGCAGAUGCACUAUCACCGCAACGACUAUGACAAGUCACCCUUAAAGCCCAAAAUGUGGAGUGAGUCCUCGCUAGAUGAGCCGUAUGAGAAGGUCAAGAAACGUUCCUCCCACAGUCAUUCCAGCAGCCACAAGCCCAGCACAGGGAGCUGUGCUGAAGCAGGAGGGGGGAAGCAGCUCCUCCAGAACAGCCCCAUCCGCAGCCUCCCGCACUGGAACUCACAGUCCAGCAUGCCGUCCACACCAGACCUGCGUGUACGGAGUCCCCACUACGUUCAUCCACGAGGUGAGUCCACCCGGUCCGUGGACCUCAGCCCCACGCGCCUGCACAGCCUCGCCCUGCACUUUCGGCACCGCAGCUCCAGCCUGGAGUCCCAGGGCAAGCUCCUGGGCUCUGAGAAUGACACAGGGAGCCCCGACUUCUAUACCCCGCGGACUCGUAGCAGCAAUGGCUCAGACCCCAUGGACGACUGCUCAUCCUGCACCAGCCACUCAAGCUCGGAGCACUACUACCCAGCGCAGAUGAACGCCAACUACUCCACGCUGGCAGAGGACUCGCCCUCCAAGGCGCGUGCCAGGCAGCGGCAGAGACAGCGGGCGGCGGGCUCGCUGGGCACAGCGAACUCGGGCAGUAUGCCCAACCUGGCCGCGAGGGGGGGCGGCGGGAACGCACCUGGCGUCUACCUGCACAGCCAGAGCCAACCCAGCUCGCAGUACCGCAUCAAGGAGUACCCGCUGUACAUUGAGGGGGGCGCCACACCCGUGGUUGUGCGCAGCCUGGAGAGCGACCAGGAGGGCCACUACAGUGUCAAGGCGCAGUUCAAGACCUCCAAUUCCUACACAGCGGGCGGCCUGUUCCGGGAGAGCUGGAGGGCCAGUGAGGAGGGCGAUGCCGGCCGCCUGACGCCAUCGCGCUCGCAGAUCCUGGGGACUCCGUCGCUGGGCCGCGAGUGCGCCCAUGACAGGGGCACGGGGCGCACCGCAGUGUCCGAUGAGUUGCGCCAGUGGUACCAGCGCUCCACCGCCUCGCACAAGGAGCACAGCCGCCUGUCGCACACCAGCUCCACCUCCUCUGACAGUGGCUCCCAGUACAGCACCUCCUCCCAGAGCACCUUCCUGGCACACAGCAGAGUCACCAGGAUGCCCCAGAUGUGCAAGGCCACGUCAGCUGCCUUACCUCAAAGCCAGAGAAGCUCGACGCCAUCGAGUGAAAUUGGAGCAACGCCCCCAAGCAGUCCCCACCACAUCCUAACCUGGCAGACUGGAGAAGCAACAGAACACUCGCCCAUUAUGGACGGGUCUGAGUCUCCAACUCACCAAAGUACUGAUGAGUAGAGGAGCUACAGUGACAGCUGUUUCCUGGAUUCCCCCCUGUAUCCAGAACUAGCUGACGUCCAGUGGUACGGCCAGGAGAAAGCCAAGCCGGGGACCCUCGUGUGAACCAGCUGGCCUCAAUCUGACCGCCUCAACGCC